AUGCCCGAGUCGGCUUCCUCCAAACUCUCGACGCUUCAGCGCAAGAGCGCCUUUUCCUGCGAGGCCUGUCGCAAACGAAAGGUCAAAUGCAACGGCGCCAGUCCGUCGUGUUCCCGGUGCUCAGCCCGUGGCGAUGUGUGUGUCUACAGCCUAGCACCGACUCUAUCCUACACCAAGACCCUAGAAACCAAAAUCGCGGAUUUAGAGGCGAAGCUCGCCAGCGCACAGGGCGAUCGAGCCGGCGACAUCGACAAGCCAUCCAAACCCAGUCCCCAUGGCUCAUCCGGAGAAUAUUCAAGCAGCGCGGCCCAGACGCCCGAGCAAGACGAUGGAAGCGCACCUCAGGAGCUCGCCAACGAGUUUGACGGCCUCACGAUAGAAUACGAUGGCCGUGUGUCUUUCCAUGGUCCCACCAGUCUAUUCCAUCUUCUCCCGAAUGACACGGUCAACGAUGCGGCGUCAUCGCGUCACCAGGCCUUGGAAGUGGAAGCUCGCAAAGAGCGCCUCGUCAACAACGCUUGGCGCGAAAGGGCGAUAGAGCAAUUAUCUGGGAUGCCUGAACCGUUUCAACACCUGGUUGACUUUCAUUGGUGUUGGAUCCAACCGCUAUUCAACUUUAUAUAUCGGCCUGCCUUCACUCGCGAUAUGAAGGUAGCGGGGCCGUACUACUCAGACAACCUACUAAACGCAAUGUUAUCGCACUCAAUACGCUGGUGUAUGCGAGACGCCAAAGUCCAACCCUUGAUUAAAUCAUUCGAAGGAGGUGCGCGGUUCUUUCAAGCCGCUGUUUCGGGCACCUUCGACACCCUGAGAGUCGGCUUUCCCACAAUUCCAACCGUGCAAACGCUACUUCUAUUAAGCGCCCAGGAAUCUGGCAGAGGGCAUCGCGCCCAGGCCUGGCUCUAUAGCGGCAUGGCCUUUCGUUUGGUGGAAGAUUUGGGCAUCUCAAUAGAUAGUCGGAAAUAUUCGCGAUCCGUAUCCUUCAGUGACGAAGACAUUGAGAUUCGCAAUCGUUUAUUUUGGAGUUGCUAUUUCUGGGACAAACUCAUAUGCCUCUAUUUUGGCCGAUCACCUAGCAUUCAGAAUUCUCGAGUCAGUCCGCCACGAGUAUUGUUGGACGAUACCGCUGAAUCUGAAAUCUGGUAUCCUCAUGGGGUCACAUUUCCCCAAGGUGCUGAAUACCCACCAAUGCAGGCCCAUUCGACGUCCUGUUUUGUGAAAAUGUGCGGAUUGGCCGAGAUUCUCAACCAGAUUCUCGUUCACAUUUACGACCCCCUUCGACAAACAAGCGAUUCAGAGUUUAGAAAUUGCAUCAUCCAGCAAGAAAAAAAUCUCAGCCAAUGGUGGGACGAGCUUCCUGACUUCCUACGGCUUGUGGCAGGCGAGCUUCCUCCCUAUUGCCCGCCAAGCCAUAUCGUAACCCUGAACUGUCUAUACCACACUGUCAAUAUUCUACUCCAUCGCCCAAUUAUGUGCGGUAGGCCACUUGCAGCAAACGGCAGCCGUCCAGACAUGAAUCACCUCGUACAAUGUAUGAGCUCGGCCACAAGUAUUCUCGCAUUGUUUGACUUGUACCGACGGACAUUUGGUGAUCGACACGUUGUGCUGUCUUUGGCAUAUAGUCUAUAUACGGCAACAUCAAUCUUUUUGCUGGAAAUCAAAGCAUUAAAGUAUGCUGCAGGGGCCACGGUUGAAAAGGUCAAGUUUUGUGUUUUCGCCCUAGAGAGGGUAAAAGGCGCAAAUAACGUCAUUACUACUGGCCUCGGCCUCAUUUAUCAAGAGCUGCAAAAGCUCCAAGUCGACAUACCGAUACCGAUACCUCUCAACAUGGACCGACCCUCACCCAACACCCAAUCCACAACAAACUCGCCACAAUCUAACCCUAUACCCAGUCGACAUGUAUCACCAGCCAUAUCAACUCCCAAUUCCCUUCAAAUGCCUCCACCCAGUACCUCGACGAGCACACCACCUAUACUAAAUUACCACCAUUUUCAAAAUCAGCUGCCUGUCUAUGACCCUGCUUCCCAAGUUGCUUUUGUUCCUGACCUUGCCGCACCCCAGCAUCAUACCGGCCCGAUGCCACCUGGAAUAGUCCUCAAUCAGGAUGGUUCUUCUAUGCGAUACGAACUCCAUUCUGACAUCUAUGAGGCAUUUUCGUUUGUCGAGCCCAUGAACCCUAGCAUGGCGCCAGCUCCAUACGAUCCAACCACGUGGACAAUGAACACCGGUACAGGUGGUACUCAAUAA